AGAAGCAAAACAAGAAAUGGGCAGUCUCUUAGUACCAGAUUUUAUUCCUUCUCCAAUCCAAGAUGCUGAAACACUCAGAAAGUCCUUCAAAGGACAUUUUCUCGGACUGGGAACUGAUGAGAAGGCGAUAAUAACGGUUUUGGGACAUAGAGAUGAAAGCCAGAGAAAGAAGAUUAAAGAAACAUAUCAGCAGCUUUAUAACAAAUCUCUAAUUGAUGAUCUUCAUUCUGAAUUAUCUGGUGAUUUCAGGAAAGCAGUGAUCCUCUGGACACAUGAUCCUCCUGAAAGAGAUGCGAGGCCAGCGAAUGAGGUUUUAAAUUCAUGGAUACAUGACGUAACCCGUCUACAAGUGAUAGUAGAGAUAGCCUGUGCAUCAACUCCUGAUCAUCUGGUUUCUGUGAGACAAACAUACUGUGCUCUCUUUGGCUGUUCACUUGAAGAGGAUAUCAUAGCACAUGUUUCUCUUCCUGUCCAAAAGGUUCUAGUCAGUCUAGUCAGUUCCUACAGAUAUAACAAGGAACUAGUCGACCAUAGUACUGCUAAUCUAGAGGCUUCGAAGCUUCGUGAAGCCACUAGAACAAAACAAUUAGAUAGUGAUGAACUUGUUCUGAUACUAAGCACAAGGAACAUUCAUCAGCUUAAGGCAACUUUCGAGUGCUAUAAGCAAAACUAUGGAUUCUCCAUUGAUCAGGAUAUAACGACUUGUGGCGAAGGUCUUUUGGAAUCUAUCUUGAAAGUGGUUAUCUGGUGCAUAAACUCCCCAGAGAAGCAUUUUGCUGAGGUCGUAAAGGUCUCCACCGAUGGGCUAGGAACUAAUGAGGAUUCUCUGAGUAGAGCCAUUGUAACUAGAGCUGAAAUUGAUAUGAUCAAAGUUAAGGAAGAAUAUCUCAAAAUGAAGGAUACUGCUCUUGAAUAUGCAGUAGCUGAUGAUACAUCAGGUCACUACAGGGAGUUCCUGAUGACCCUGCUUGGUGCCAAUGAUAGUAGUUUGUAGUGU